AUGUUCAGCUCACAAGCCGGUUCAUCUUUUCAUACACAAAAAUUUAGUACACUUUCACCAUGUAGAUGGUCGACUGCUGGACAAUCAUUUGGCACAGAACGUGGUUCAAGUAUACUGGAUCCACCAUCUCCAACUGCACCUUAUCAUCAUACCAGCCGCAAAGCACAUCCAAAACGUUACUUAGCGUGUGCAAUAUUCUCAUCACUUAUAUUUUUCAUUACUGGCGUGAUUGCCAUAUACUACGCAACUCGAUCAUUACAUUGUGAACAAAAAGGUUAUUAUGAACAAGCAUUAAUACACUCUAGACGAUCGUUCAGUUGGUCAUUAGCUACGUUUGUUAUUGCACUAAUUCUCUACUUGAGUAUUGGACUAAUAAUAUUCAUUCGUUCAAUCGAUCAUCGUUGA